CAGCAUUCUGCACCUGUAGCUCUAAUAGCAGUCAUUAAACCUGUCCUCUCUGCACCUUCAAAUAAGUAAACUUCCAGCAAUAUUAUUUAAUGUAACAAUAAUUGAGAAGCAUUGAGCGAUCUCUUUCACUCUGCCCUCGGUCGGUUAGAGAUCGAACUGCAUGCGGGUGCGAGCAGUAUAGCAGCGCUCUCUGGAUCUCCUCAUCUCAUUCUCUAGAAGAUGGCGGACUGCGCUUCACUGUUAGAUGAGGAGCUCUCUUCAUUCGUCUUCAAUUACUUGACUGAAAACUCCGGGAGCCAGUAUGGGGAAGAGGAGGUCUCCUCAGCCCGCCUGGAUGCUGACUUCCCUGACUUUGACCUCUCGCAGCUGGACGCCAGCGACUUUGACUCGGUGAACUGCCUCAGUGAGCUGCACUGGUGCAAUGAGCACUCAGAUCACUCCCCUGCCUCCAUACAGUACAGCACUGGGGACACAGAGCUAUUCGAGGAAGAGAAUGCAGCGCUGCUCGCUGCACUCACAGACAGCCUGGAUGGCAUUGUUGAGGAUGGGGUCGGGGGGCUGUCUGUGUUCCCUUUGCUGGGGGAAGACCCUGAUGAGGGCGAGGAGGAGGAAGACGAACUCCCUGCGGACAGUGAGCCCCUCACUGGCUCAAUGAGCCCAGAGACAGAAGACCCGUCUCUAUUAAAAAAGCUCUUGCUGUCGCCCCCUAAUGUGCAUGUGGGCCUCGAGUCGCACAAAGACGGCAGCUCGCAUCGCCAUGGCAGCAGGAGCCUGCACGCCAAGCCUGUGAGGCCCACGCUGAAGAAGGACAAGACAAGCACACAAGAGCGCAGGCUGCGGCCAGCGAGACCCGCCGGGCGCCUUUGUACCGAACUCCAUCGCCACCUCACCACCUCACAGGAAGCAGAGGACACGCCUUCCGCCGAUGAAGAGGAUGAAGAAGAGGACAGCGACUCUGAAGAGGAAGAGGAGUCAUCAAGCAGUGAGGGCGAGAGCAUGGUGUGCGUCGAGCCGCCAAAGCCCCAGUUUUCCUCUGAAAAAGAACUGCAGUCCGUAGUGGAGCUCAUCAAAUACAUGCACACGUACUGCGUGCCGACGCGCAAGCAGGCCGGCUGGGAUCGCAAAGAGCGCGAGGCGUUGGCGCGUAAGGCCAGAUCCGAAAACUCCCACGUUUCCCGCAAUUUCCCUCAGAACUGUAACAAGCCCGCCCCCCAAACCUGCAACAGCAGGCCGAGAGUUCCCUUCACUCGCCGCAGGGAAAUCAAAGCCCACUCUCUGCUCAAAGAGCUUCUGGAAGCCGUCGAGCUGUCGUUUGAUGUAAGCAAGCCGUACAGAAUGCACAGCCCUCCUUACAGCAACUGCAGAGCUGCAUUGGCGCAGCCCAACCAUGAGGUUUUUUCUCCUCCUGCACGCCAGCCCAAAGCUGAACCUAAAGACUGUGAGAGUACGCAGAAGGGUGCAAAACGUCCCAAGAGCCCAGAGCCUGAGGUAGGCUCAUUCUCGGUCAGGCGCUCUCGUCGCCUGGCUACCUUCCCCAGUAGGUUCGCUAAGAAGUUCCGUGUGAGCUGCAGCCGGUCGGAGCACAGACAGUCCAAUGAAGAGGAGAACAAGGUCAAACAUCCCCCCAUUGAAGAUUUUUCCAAAAGCAGCCAGAAGAUCAACUGUAUCAACAGUGACGAGAAACCUGCGUGCCUCUGUCUGCCACUGGCUUCCAAAUCCAACGGAGAAUCACAGUAUCCAAACAAGUCCUUUGAGCAGACUCUCUGCGUGGAGCUGUGUGGCACAGCAGGCCUCACUCCCCCCACCACACCUCCUCACAAACCAGUGGAGGACGAGCUCUUCAAACCAGACGGCAAGACUGAGCUCACCACCAAGAGCUUGUGCCUGGCACGGGCGCACGUACGCAAGCUCCCAGAGCAGACAGAACUGUACGCACAGCUGCGCCGGAUGGGCCAGACGGGCGAUGCAGACUGUAAGGGGGGCACGCAGCACGCCUAUGGGGACCACGACUACUGCCUGCUGGGACCGGGGGAGAGUUGCAAGAGAACAGGGGCAGCGUUUGGCUCCGACACAUCCCGACGGGAUGACGAGAUGAACGUGAAAAAAGAGACAGCACGGGAAGAGACCCCCGACUGCCACCAGAGGACUGAGAGCAUGGAAGAGUUACCCACGCCCAGUCCCGAGCAAACCAGCUCACCCUCUCCUGCCCGCUCACCCACCCCAGAGCUGGAUGCACAGUCGCCCGUGUCCUUCUCGCCCCCGUCCCCCGGCUGCAAACUCUCCUUUAGCAAUGAGAGCUCGGAGACGUGCCAUGAAGCAUCAGACAAAAGAAGCAAGUUACAGUGUGGACAAGAGAAUGAUGUGAACCAGUGCCAAGUGAUCUACAUUCACAACCUUCCGAGCAGCGUCACUCAGUCCAUGCUGCGCAAGCGUUUCGAGGCCUUUGGUCACCCAGAGGACUGUAAAGUGGUCAUCAAAAACGAGGAGCGUUGUGGAGUCAUCACUCUGAGGUCAUCACAGAACGGCCAGACCCAACGGCACAGGUGGGAGUCCCUAGGUCCGUGCGGGGGGAAUGGCAGCCGGCGGUUCGGCAGGAAGCGUUACAUAGAUCUGGAUGAGGCAGGCCAAGGACCAAUAAAGAGCAAGUACGAUGCACUGGACUUUGACGCUCUACUGAAGGAGGCCCAGAGAAGCCUCCAUCGUUGAAACGCCUUAGCACGCCUGCAGCGUCCCCGCCCUGUCCGACACUCGACUCAGAACCUCAACCAAGGCACCUCUUCAUGUUUACAUUUGAAUAAAAGAAAAUGGACCUUGUCACUUGUAACUGAGGAUUUGAGGACACCGGGGCAGGAUGACACAAACGAACAGCUUUGAAAACAUGGACACAAGUGCUGCCUCUUGAACGCCAUCCGUGAUGUCGCGAGUGGCACGGGCUUCGUAGCAAACCGCACUCUUUUCCGUUUGUUGUCGUGACGUGCGUGUGUGCUUUUUUAAUUUUGUUUUUACCCCUCCAUCACUCUUCAUAGACCUGCAAGGUGCUUUUAUCAAUUCGUCGUAUAAAUAUAUAAACAAUAACUGCUUUGUAUUAGCGAACCUUUGUGGAUGUUUAACUCUUUGUGCGUGUGUUACGAUGAAAAGUGGAUUAAUAAAACGCAAACAAAAAAGUCCUGACAAGGUAGAGUUUACAAAUCAAAAAGGAAAGAAAAAUAGUCUUUUUGUAAUUUUAGUGCUUCCUUGAUUUCAUCUAUGCACUCAAACGAGGUAGUGUUUCUUUUAUCCGCCCUCUGCCCGUUUCUGGUUUGGAUGGGGCUUUUUGCUGCUGGUCGCCAAUGAGUCCAAAUCAUGCGACUAAAAAAAUCGUUAAAUCCCAUUUUCGUCAGAAGAAAAAUACAAUUUAAGGUCUGUUUUCUGACCCAAAAAUACAAAUAUUUGCCAAUGGGGUAGGACUUUUACCUCUUUAUUAAGUACUGUAUAUAAAUUAAUUAAAUUAUUCAACUUGUUAUAAAAUUUUAUUUUAGAAAAAAUCACUUAGCCUCUGAAGUAAACCUAUCUUGAUUUAAGAUUAACAUAAUUUUUUAUAUUUGUACUGGAAACAAGGCAAAAAUAAAAAGAGAAAUUAAGUACGUAGGAUGUCUACAAAAGAUCUGAAGGUCAAGAAAACAUCUGCUGUGAAAAAAAUCUGCUAAACGUCUUAGAAGUUUUACAUUCAAUCAAAAUAACUACAGCGUCUUCUAGAUGUCCAUAUGACAUCCAACAGCAGACGUCUCAGAGACGUAUUGCAGAUGAGCAAACAAUGAAAAAAGUCUUGCAGACGUAAACGCAUGUACCCGUGCUAUCAGGGUUACCUAUGUUUUUCCCUAAACCAAAUUCAGUCGCGUCCAGAAUCCGUCAAACCCUCAAAAACAAACAAAUUCAACAGGUUUGACAGAAACAGUCAUAGUAUUUCGAAGUAUGGAAUGUACCCGUCACAAAAGCGAUUAUAGACCGUCCGUCCAUCCGUUUGGUCUCAUUGGCUAGACUCUACCAGCAGCAUAGCCCCGGGACAUCCAGAUGAAGUCCAAUGGCUUUCACUUCUGGAUGUUCCUCCAACCACGUUCUCCCGUUUGCAGUUCUUGAGAGAAGGGUGGCGGUAAACUAGGAGAAAGAUCUUUCCAGAGCUCAAUCUCAUUAGAGAUAUGGUCGUAUCUCUGCUUUGUUUACAUGUCACUCUCUCAUACUCUUUCUCUCGAAGCUCAAAACACUCAGUUUUGUAACACUGUCCCGACAGGGGAAGAUCUGCGGGUUUUUCUAGCUCUUACUUUGUGGCUAAUUCUAAAUUUGUCCUCGAUGUCUGUUUUUUGAAGUCUAACUGUAUACCUGUGUAUAACUGCGUGUGUCGUCCGUGUCUUUUAGGAACGGGUUACUAUAUGAUGGGAGUUGAAGUCUGUUCUCUCCCACACUUGUCGCUUUUAUUCUGCGGGUCGCCUCUUGAAUCCUUGAACUCUGUUGUUGUAGUACAGUCGUGUGUGUGCGGGUGUGUGUGUGCGUGCUGGUGUAAGGAGGGACGUCUGCCUCUUUACUUGCGCAUAAUCCCUGCCUCUCCCCUUUAUCCAAUUGCCUCAUUUGAAACACGCCCCCAAACCUGGAUGUUUACAUGAUUGAAUUCUCUUUUGACUUGACUAGAGCGCACACUUAAGUACUGAAGCCUUAUUCAGUGUUAAUGUACCCUAUCAGGAUGUGCCUUUCGGCUUUCCCUCUUACGGUACCGAGCAGUUACUUUCUGAAUAUUACAAUCCUGGGAAUUCUAAAACGCCGAAUAAGAUCUGAAUAAGCGUUUGCGCUUAGUAUGUAUACUACUAAACAAGUGAGAGAAUGUGCUGGUUUACAUGAUUAUAUAUAAACAAAUAUAUAAAAGAGGUAAAUAAUGUGUAUAUAGCACUGUCUUGUGUUAACAUGAGAUGUAUGGUUCCGUCCUAUACAGCGAUGUGGUAACAUGUGGUUUAAGGGGGGCCCUGAUUGGUCAAUGUUUGUCAAGAGCAGAGGUUAAUGCAGCGCUAAGCAAUACAGGGAAACCCAGAAGGGAAUUUUCAUUGAUAUGGCUUCAUAAGUCAAACACAGUUGUAUAAAGUAUCCCUUUAGAAAAUGUUGAAAUGUUUUUUUUUUAAUAUGACUUUAAUAUGUUUUAUUUUUUAUGCAAUUGAGAUGCAAUAGCGCUAAUCUAAGAGAGCCUUUCUCAUGAACUGAAAGAAUUUAUCGAUGAGAUUGGUUGCUUUAAGGGCGUCAGGCGAAUUUAUGAAGGGAUCCUGUAGAGUACUGUAUGUUGUCCAUCGGGGUAGAGAUGAAACGGCUUGAAUAAUUAGCAAACUGAUUUUUCGGGUGGACUUUUUUAUGAGAUCAAUACCCAGACGGCCCAAUCUCACAAGGAGAGCCUUAAACUUAGGGGAAAACAAAGCUAUCGAUUCUGUUGGAUCUCCUUUACAAUCCAAUGUGUUUUCUUUAUUGAAGUAAUUUAACUUUUUCAGUACAGCCAUAUUAUAAAAGGUAUAUACAUAUAUAUGAUUAUAUAUAUAUACAUAUAUAUUUGUGUGUUUGUGUAGAUAAAUAUAUAGAUAUAAUUUGUUAUAGAACAUUUUAUUCAGUGUUUCAGAACACUUCGUUUCAACUUACACUGUCAAUCUAGAAUGUACAGGUGAUCCAAAUAAACAUAUAUAUUGAAAAAAAUACCUUCCAAAGGGAACCUUCUUAAAAUGCAAUACAUUUUUUUUCCAGUCAUUUUAGUUUUCGCUAGACAAGUUGACCAAAAAGUACAUUUGAUGUUUGGACACGGAAGUAGUGUGGUACCACAUCAAAUCCAUUUCACGAAUGUCACAAUCGGUUGGCUUGGCCCUUAAAUGUAUGUGCGAGUAUGUGUUUGUAUGCGAUCUCUCUUUUUUAGUUCCAAUUCUAAUUCACUACAACUAUCAUCCUACACAUUUGUCUUUCGCAAAGUACACUCUUGCAGGGUCGAAGAGAAUUUGCCCUAAGAAUCAGAUAUUGUCUGUUUUACAUAUAAAAAUGUUUAUUAAGAUCAAACGUUUGUGUCAAUUGGGUGCCAGAGCAUUAGUUAACAAUGAUGUCAUCACAUCCACGUCGCAUUUUAUUGCUGCUUCAAGACCUUGCGUUGUGUGAAAUUGACAUCCAAGUCAAAGGGCAUCCGUUGCUUCUCUCAUUGUUUUGUUUAUUUUCUUGUGUGAUUAUUUACAUCAGAUUCACUAUGAUUUUUCUUUUUUAAAGUAGUUUUUGGUAAAUACUGCUAGUAAGAUUUUAUAUUUUUACAUAUAUUUGUUUUAUUUUGAGUUUUUUUUUAUUUAUACUGUAUGCCUCUUAGUUUGGAUGUCUUUUAAAUGGUGUUGGUUUUUUUCGGUAUCGUGUGAUUUCAUACGUCUUUGAGAAUGUGGAGACAAAUGCAUUUCAGUAUUUUUAAAUUGUUAAAAAUCUAGUUUCCUAGAUCGAAUUAUCUAUAUAGUGGUAAUUAUUUGAUGUCAUAAAUUAUAUUUUAAUUCAUGUACAUAGUUUUAAAAAAGCAGGCAAUGGCUUCCUUUUAAACUGAACACGUUUCUCUGCCGAGAUUGUUUACAUUAUAAAACUGUAGAAACUGAUCCCCAUAUACUGUAAAAAACGUACAUAUAUUCAUUGUUUUGCCUCCAAAAAAUAAAACCCAUAAUGAACAAUGUUCUUUCUUCUCUGUUCUUUUACUGAAUUUCUCUGCAUGCAUCAAGCAGCAUACUAGACUGCAAUAAUAGCGUCCGUAGAAUUAAGGCCUAUUCUUGGGACCGAUGCUUAAUAUCAAAUCUGUGCAUCUCAAAACAAAGGCUUUGAAAAACUCUGCAGCAUCAGCUUUAAAACCCUUUUUUUCGACGUUCCAGCGACAUUACGGAAUGUACACACAGAAUAGCUCAGCUGGAAGCUGUCUGAUUCGUUGCUGCAUUGGAAUCGCAGCCCAUAGCAAAUCUGUGUGGUAUCCAUGCAGCGUGCCUGCAAUUUUUAUAUAGCAAAGCUAAUUAGGUUUUUUAUUUGCUGAGGGUAUGUAGCAGAACAUGCUGAAUGAAGCCUAUCUUAAUACAUCGAUGUGGAAGGUUGCUGGCAAUUUACCGCUUAGCUGGUUUUUGAUUCAGAUGUCAGAACGAUCAUUCCCAUACUGCAUAUCCAUGUGUGUGUGCGUGUGGGGAUGCACAUUUAUCUUUGAGUUGUAUUUGCUUUCACGUCAGAGGGCUUUUUUUAGCUUUUGCAGCGGUUGCAGAUUUAUGGACUCCGCCUCUUUGCUGUGGGAAUGAGGCAAAUUUAAUACAAGACAUGACAUCAUGGUCUGUUGACGUGAGCCGAGUGCGUCUGUGACAUGACGUGAAUUCUAGGGAUGAACCCGCCCCCUUUUGCUGCCCUGCCAAUCACCUCUCAGCCUUCCUAGUUGAUUACGCCAACACCCCUU